AUGUUCUACAGCGCUGAAGUUCUUACCAGCCGCAAGUAUGGCGUGGCAACAGUUUGGUACGGUGUGACGCGUGUCUACGCGCAGCAGUGCGUCUAUGUCUUAAGCGAUGCAGAGUCUGCGCGCAAUAAUAUGCGCGCUAUGCUCCGAGUGGUGCAUCAGGCUGAGCUUGAGAAGGAAGGAGUGAACAAAAGCCGCGUGGAGCAACUCGUAUUACAAGAUGACCCGAACUUCUUGCCAGGACUGGAUCUUAUGCCACAGGACUUGGAGGAUCUCGACCUUCGCAUCGACCUCAACGACACACAGAUGAGCAUUACGCCCGGAAGCUUACGGUCGCACCGCAACAAUGGCUCGCAGCAAAGCAUCGGUGGACUGAACCUGCCACCUUCGCACAGCUCCCCCAUUGGCGAUGCAAUGGGAGGUCGCGAUAUAUUCAGCCUUCGCGGCCACUCUGGUCCGGGCAGUGGUUUGAGAUCCGCGCCAAAGCUGCUCGAGGACGAUGAUCUGGGCCUUGACCUUGGAGUUGAGACUGUGCGCCAACGGAUGACACCGUCUGGCAAGCUCCUUUCAACUUCUGAUGUUGCAAACGACGCAGGAGAUAAUGGUGCGCCUGAUCAGCCAAUGCUUGAUGAAUCCAUGAACAGCAACAAUGAUGAGAAUAAUCUCGACACAGUCUUUGCAGACACAGCUGCGUUCAACAACGGCGGAGACCAGGAUGCAGGCAACAGCGAAUCAGCCAGCGCAAUGGCAGCUGUGCGCAAGGAUGGAAAAGCACGCACGAAGAAAAUCACUGCAAUGGACAAGCAUACCACACUACACAACUCCGAACUCGCCGAGUGGAGUCGCAACUACGUGUCAAACAUGCUCAAGGAGGGCCAAGGCAAGGAGACCGCUCGCCUCAACCGUAUCGCCAAGAAGAAUGCCGAGCACUGGGUUCUGGAAGCUGGUCUAAUUUUCGGUCAAGGCCUGCGUGGACCUCUCGACAUGUUCUCCGGUGCAGCCCUUAUUGAAGUCUUCACGGGCAUGGAGCCUAACAAUGGCAAGAAGCGAAAUCUCGAUGACCCGGAAACGGCAAGCAGUAGUCCCAAGCGCUCCCGAAUCAGUGGUCCGUACUUGGAUGAAAUUGGUGCCGGCGAGAUUGUUCGAUACGAUAACGAUGACGUCCAAACGAACCUUGACAGCGAUCAGGAAAUCGAACACGGGCGAGAAGCUCCUACUCCUCUCGGAGAUCGCCAAAAUUCUAGCAUCUUUCCGUGGAACAGCCAGGGCGGCAUCAAAGAUUCUCGCGGUGGGGGUCUUCCAACUUCAGUCUCAUUUGGUGGUGCGGCACUCGACCUUGUACAUUCCCGCCGCGGCAGUCGGUUUACAUCAGCAUCGCCACUACUCGGUCGCGGCAUCAAUCCUGACGAGGUCAACUUCCAGCUCUCAGAGAUCCAUUUGUCCGGCGAGGAUGAAUUCGAACUUUACGGCGCAGCAGCAGUCGUCGACACUCAGAAAGCGGCAGAGUCUCAGUGGCAGCGUGCCGCCUUGACCGGGGAAGCAUCGAAUUUCCUGGACUUUGUGCAGAGUGCUAUCGACCGUGAGGAUGAUGGUAUGCGUAGUGGCAUUGCAUUCGAGACACUGCUGCCACCGGCGAACAAUACUUACAUUGUGGCGGCCCAAGCUUUACUGCAUAUUCUGAGCCUGGGAUCUAAGGGAAUAUUGGAGAUUGAGCAGCGCGAGCAUUUCGACGAAAUCUGGCUUAAGACUACGGCGAUAUAA